AUGUGACUCAGAGCAAUGGGAAUGCCACAGCAGGAAGUGGGAGGUGCACGGCUAUGCAGUUGAACAAAACAAAAAACGACACAGGACGAGGAGGCAGACGUGGGGAGAAUUUGAUCCGGCCCACACAGACACACACACGCGCACACGCUCACUCACAAACACACACACACACACACACACACACACAGCUAACCCUACCCCGAGUUUCAAGAUUUUGGAAAUGGACGAUCCACAAGUUAACGUCUUCCCCUUUGAGGUGACCUUCCACAAUGUUGCCCAAUUCUACAUCCCAGGGUCAGCGUUAGAGUGCCACUACUGCAUGGGGUCAUCGGUCAUCUGGUCAGCUCAUGAUUGGAUCGGACUAUUCAAGGUUGGCAGGAGGUCACUGCGUGACUAUUACACCUUUGUCUGGUCUCCUUCUCCUGACAGUCACUCAGACGGUUCACCUCGCAAUGGCUGUGUUCGAUUUGAAGCCUCGUACCUCCCGGCCGCUGCCCAGACCCAGUACCAAUUCCUCUACGUCGACGCGCAGGGGAAAGUACGGGGCUCGAGCUCCACAUUCACUUUCUCCCAGCCCCAGCCCAACAGCGCAGACUUCCUCCUGCUGGACGAUGGAGACACCAACUCAGACGUGGUGCUCGUGGUGACCCAGAGCACAUUCCUGAAGGGUCAGCUCACCAGGUCCGAGCAGAGACGGACAGACCUGGAGAAACGACUGGAGGAGACGGAGUCAGAGAGCCAGGAGCUGAGGGAACGGAUACAGGAGCUGGAGAAACACCGAGGGGAUACGGAGGCUGAGAACAGGAAGCUGAGAGCACGGAUACAGGAGCUGGAGAAACACCGAGGGGAUACGGAGGAGAACGGGAAGCUGAGAGCAUGGAUACAGGAGCUGGAGAAACAGCGAGGGGAUACGGAGGCUGAGAACGGGAAGCUGAGAGCACGGAUACAGGAGCUGGAGAAACAGCGAGGGGAUACGGAGGAGAUCGGGAAGCUGAGAGCACGGAUACAGGAGCUGGAGAAACAGCGAGGGGAUAAGGAGGAGAACGGGAAGCUGAGAGCACGGAUACAGGAGCUGGAGAAACAGCGAGGGGAUACGGAGCGCCUGGCUGAGGGGAAGAGGCGGGCGACAGUCGAAUGCAGGGAGCGUGCAGACGAACUGGAGUCAGACGUCCGUCGCUUAGAGUCCAGGCUGACAGAGCGGGAGACCGCGUUGGACAG